AAGCGUCAAUAAAAUGUAUUCCGCGCAUUCUGAUGUAUGGGAUUCACGAAUUUAUGAAAUACUUUAUUUAGUCAUCUUUAUUUUCCUGUUCUGUGAUCUGGCGAUGGCGGAAAACGUUCGACGUUCAGCAUCUUAUGAUAUUUUAAAUGACGAACAAAAAAAGAUCUUGAAGGAUUAUUAUGAUCGAGGAAUGAUUUCAACAGCAGCUAGUAUGAGGGAUGUCAUCCAAGAAGCUGCGAACCAAGGUAAUAUCACGUUUGAAAGAGUCAAGAAAUGAAUUGGGAAUGAAAAGCAGUCCAGAAAAAGAAAAGCCAGCUCUCAUCAAGAUGAGGAGUUAAGACUGUGCCCUUUAAAGCGUAGAACUACAGCAUAUAAUCUUUUUUGCUCACAUAUGCUGAACUCAGAGGAAUGCAAGCAGCUGAGCUCUAAUUCUGAGAGGUUGAAGUUAGCUGUAGACCACUGGAACUUGUUAGGGGCAGAGGAACGUGUGAUUUGGGCAGAAAGAGCAAAGGCUGUUCAAAGCAAUUACAUUCAUGACUUGACACUUAAGCAGCGCACAAACCAAGUAAAAAAAGGGAAAAAGCAGCUUUUGUCACAGCUUACUUACUUAGAAAGUCUUGGUUGUGAAGCAGUUGUUUUAUUCUUGGAGCUUGGUGAUUCUUGUCUUCAACAGUUUGGAACAGAAAAAGGAAUCAACUUUUUGAAUAAAAAUGAAAAAUUGGUGUCAAUUUCGUUGAGUAUUUGGUUUUUUUCUGAAACUUGUGGGUCUUGGAAUACCAGUGCAUUAUUUCUCAAGCAUUAG